CUCCAUGGACGUGCAGCAGCUCCUCUCCGCUCUCCAUCAUCAUCAUCAUCAUCUGCAGAAAAAAAGAAUGCGAGCGGGGAGCGGUAACAAAAUGUCAACGCGGGCUGCUCUCCGUCGGCCGCAGACAUGAGCGGCGUCCCGUCUGCCUCUUCCAGCCGCAACAACGAGUCGCUCUCGCCAUGCGGAUCCACUGCAAAGUAGUUGUGAUCGCCGUGUGUUUCGGAGUUUUCCUACUUUUGUACUUUUUGGGGGGCAACGCCGCGGACGAUCCGCUGUUGCAAGAAGUUGUGGAGGAGGAGAAGGAGGCGAAGAAGGACAGCAACUCUUCCCGGUCGCCCCCGGAGCCCAGACGCGAUGUUGCAGCGAAGUUUGCGAAGAAAUCCGUUGCGCGUGCGGAAGCGGAGCCUUUCGGGGCACGAAAAGAGGGGAGAGCGAUCAACGGAGGGGCCGCCGGUGUGAAUGCAAAGAGCAAACGUCGGGGUAAUGUGGCCCGACCUGUGACCAAGCGCAAACGGGCGGAGGAGGUCAUGCACCUGGCUGUGGUGGCCUGUGGGAAUCGUGUGGACGAGACCCUCGCCAUGGUCAAAUCAGCCCUCCUGUUCAGCCUCAAGAGGAUCACGUUUCACAUAUUUGCUGAGGACCCUUUGGCUCCGCAGUUUGAAGAGAAGCUGAACCAGUGGCCCCGCUCCGUCUCAGCCAAGUUCCAGCACAGGAUCUACCCCAUCACCUUCUCCGUGGGGAACGCCGACGAGUGGAAGAAGCUGUUCAAGCCCUGUGCUGCUCAGAGACUCUUCCUCCCUGUCAUCCUGAAAGACGUGGACUCGCUGCUCUACGUAGACACCGACGUGCUGUUCCUGCGGCCCAUGGACGACAUCUGGAGCCUCCUGAAGUCCUUCAACGGCACCCAGCUGGCAGCGAUGGCCCCGGAGCACGAGGUCCCGAAGAUUGGCUGGUACAGCCGCUUUGCGCGCCACCCUUUCUACGGAGUCACGGGGGUCAACUCCGGCGUCAUGCUGAUGAACCUCACAAGGAUCCGCAGCACAAUGUUCAAAAACAGCAUGAUCCCCAGUGGCCUCUCAUGGGAGGAUAUUCUACAUCCACUCUAUCAGAAGUACAAGAACCACAUCACCUGGGGAGACCAGGACCUCCUCAACAUUAUCUUCCACUACAACCCAGAGUGUCUCUUCAUCUUUCCCUGCCAGUGGAACUACAGGCCAGAUCACUGUAUGUACGGGAGUAACUGUAAAGGGGCGGAAGAGGAGGGCGUGUCCAUUCUCCAUGGCAAUCGGGGAGUGUAUCACGACGACAAGCAGCCAGCGUUCAAAGUAGUCUAUGACGCAAUACGUGACUUUCCCUUCGAGGACAACAUGUUCCAGUCGCUGUUCUACCCCAUCCAGACCAAGUUCCUGGACACGGUCAACACCCUGUGUGGUCGGAUCCCUCAGGUCUUCCUCAAGCAGAUAGAAAAGACCAUGAGGAAGGUGUUCGAGGACAAAGUGGUGCGACGCGUCAGGCCGCACAAAUAAACCGAUGGAGAAAUGGACUCCCUGUUUUUUAAUCUGACGACGCAGAGGACCGUCUCGCUGUGGAUUAUGUGUCACACCGGCGUUUCCUAGUGCGAACUGUGGGCUCUGUGUUUGCUGUGUGUUUCACACAUGUACCACUUCCUGGAUUUGGUCUCGUGAACAUUGGUGUGGGUAAUAAGCCUAUGUAUACAGAGAAGCAUACAGUGCUGGUCAGUGAUGCCGUAGAAUAGGUUUGCCUUAUUGUCGUCUUAAAAUUUUCACAUCCCAGUUUUGAAAUGGAUGAGAAUAUUGACAAAACAAAAGCGACAUUCUUUUUAUCAAGAAUUAUGAAAGUAUGAGCUCUACGUCACAAGUCUGGGCUAAAAGCAAAAAGUUAAGGCAAAUUUACGUCACCCGAGAGUUUGACGAUAGCAUCUCCCGUUUUCAUUUUCCCUCGUGAACACGGUGAACAAAGUCACUUUGGAGAGCUCUGCUACUUGAAGUAGUAGAUUAAUAAACCGCUCUUCUACAAUCAUGUGAAUGUGGUGCCAGCAAAUCACUUGAACGUGAGCUUGGGGUGAAUGAGAAGAGUUGCAAGUUGACAAAUGCCACCGUCAGUAUUGAACGCGGCACAACCGAGGAGGUGUGGGAUUUCAUGUUACAAGCCGAAUGUUAAAAUGCACUUUCAGAAUGAUAUUGAGACCAGAUGGUUUGUUUGUACGCAACAUGUCCACGUCCGAUGCUACACUGUCCGAGGUAAUCAAAACCAAAAGUGCUAGCUUUUAAAUGCAUAGUUACAAGCUACAGAUUAUGUGCCGUGCAGAUAUUCAUGUUUACUACAAGAAAAUGAGUGUGUGUGUGUUUGAGGGGGUCUCUUGGUUUUUAAUAUGUUGUAUGGUCAGUUGUGAACACAUGGGUCACAUGUUUCAGCAGCAGUACUUUCAACGUGGUGUAAUGAUCUAAAUGUGUCAUUCGAACUUGAAACUGGACUUGGCUGUGCAGUCAACAUGUGUUUCGAAAUAAAUCAAUGCAAUGUGCCGAGUCUCAUUUAUAUGUAAAUAUAUGCAAUUUAUGGGAAUGGAAAUGUACCGAAGGUCUGCAAACAGAUCAAAAGGCAAGACACAUUGCUGGAUCGCAACACAAAAGAUUUGUCUCGACACAACAACUUGCGUUUAGAUGUAGUUUGGUUUGAUACUUGAUUUGCUAUAUUUGUUUUGAUACUGGACUUUAACUGAACUUAGCACUGUGUGUGUUUCACCAUUUGCUUAUAGUAGUGGUAUAAGAUAUUUUAAUGUCUGAGGCAAAACGGAACAGGUUGGGAUUCCCACGAGUGUUUUAAACCCAGUUUCAGUUCCUGAAUCCAUGUCGGGCUUAUUGGGAACAUCAAAUUAGCAAUAAUGAGGCUGUUUCACACACAACGUUGUUCAAAACUGGGUCAGUUUUAUGUCAUCGUGCCCCGAACAACACACACGGUGAGCAGCAUGUGAAAAAAAGAUUUUUUUUCUCGGAAAAGCCCAGCGCAUUUGUCAAUUCACAAGAGAGCUUAAAAUUGACAUAUUGUCGAAUAAAGUCUGGCCUACAUUUUGCUCUGUAAAAGUAACCUUUGUGUAGAAAUGUAAGUAAACUGUAUCAACGCUUCCAGACUAAUUUAUAACUGAUAUUAACUA